GGUAUUAAUAUCACAAGGACAAUCCUUCCUUUUCUCUCUCCCUCCCCUUCUGCCUCUUGAAUAUUCUUGUUUCUUGUCAUUCUUCCACAAUUGUUAUUCGUUGAAUACCUUUUGUUUUCCAUACAUAUUAAUCGUCGAUUUCAAAGCACUAUUCAUUAAACAAAUCCUCACAUCUCACACACAACUGAAUCAGUCAGUGCAACUCAAAUUCCUCCACAAUCUCCAGAUUUCCACACCUUCAAAUCAAUAAUCUCCUCCACAAACAACAACACAUACUAUCAAACAUGUCCGCAAACGAAGCUGAAGGAGCAGGUGUAUCUGCGCAGAAUAAAGGGUCUUGGAGUGCUUUUUUGAAAUCCAUCGCUUCAUUCAAUGGAGAUCUAUCAUCGUUGACAGCUCCACCAUUCAUUCUAUCGUCGACAUCAUUGACCGAGUUCUCUUCAUAUUGGGCAGAACAUCCCAACAUAUUCGUCGCACCUGCUGCAGAGAAGGACCCUCAGAAACGAGCACUUUUGGUCUUGAAAUGGUUCUUGAGUACAUUGAAACAACAAUACGCCAGUCGAAGUGAUAAAUAUGGAAAUGAGAAGAAACCAUUGAACCCCUUCUUAGGAGAGUUGUUCCUUGGAAAGUGGGAAGAUGCUUGUGGAACUACUGAACUUAUUUCUGAGCAAGUCAGCCAUCACCCACCUGUUACCGCAUACCAAAUUUCCAACAAGAAACAUGGCGUAUACCUGCAGGGAUACAAUGCUCAAAAGGCAUCAUUCUCUCGAACCAUCAACGUUAAACAAAUUGGGCAUGCAGUCUUCAGUAUUCCCGCUUACAACGAAACCUACCUCAUCACUCUCCCAAACCUUCAUAUUGAAGGUUUGAUCUUUGGCUCCCCAUUCGUCGAACUCGAAGCCAAAUCAUACAUUACAAGUAGUUCAGGAUUUACUGCCAAGAUUGACUAUAGUGGCAAAGGAUGGCUAUCUGGCAAGAAGAAUAGUUUCACCGCUACAUUAUACCCCACUGGUAAAGAAAAGGACGUUUUAUACACCGUAACUGGACAAUGGACCAAGCAAUUUGAGAUCAAAGAAGGUGGAAAGAAGAGUGGUCUGAUAGAUUCUUAUGAUGCGGAUGCAACCCCUACCACUCCACUCAUCGUUGCACCAAUCGAGGAACAAGAUCCAUUAGAAUCGCGGCGUGCGUGGUCCAAGGUCGCAGCUGGUAUCGCAGUUGGUGACAUGGAUGCAACCGGUAAUGAGAAGACCAAAAUCGAAGUUUCUCAACGAGAACUUAGAUUAAAGGAAAAGAAUGAGGGAAGACUUUGGGAGAGAAGAUAUUUCACCAAGAUGGAUAAUUGUCCCAUCCUACAACAAUUGGCUCCCUGCAUCCAAUUAACAGCUGAUGAGGAUAAAACUGGUGGAAUUUGGAGAUUUGAUGAGGCCAAAGCGGCUCAAUAUCUCAAAUCAGAACAAGCUCUACAGCCUCAACAAGUUAAUGUACAAGCCCCGAUUGUUUGAUCACAGUAUUUGGUAGAGGGAGAGCAGUUGUGAUGGGUCAAGCUAUUGCGACAAAUUUCGAGAUAUUAUGAGGGGUGAAUAAUGGCGUAAUAGGGAUUGGAUUGAUGGUGGAAUGAAUGACUCGAAUUGAGAAUUGGUAUAUGUGUUGCUGUGGUUCUUUUGGAUGAUACAAUGGAGGGUGAGGACGUGCUUGUGCUUCGUCAUAGAAUUAGGAAGGGAGGGGAGGCAUACUUUUUAUACUAUCAAGACUAACGAAUCGAGAACUUUUUACUAAGUUGAUCAUAGAUGAGAUGAUAGUUCGGUAGGGUUAGAAAUGAUAGCGGAAUCAAUACAUAAAUGAAAUAUUAUCCUGUUGGAGGUAUUGUUUCAAGUUACGGGCUUCAAGUUGUGGGUUUUAAAGCUACUGUGUAAUGCA